AGGCGCGUCGAACAAGGCCGGCGUGCGCGGCACUCACUCGGCGCCCGUAACGUCGGGGUGCACGUCGCUGCGCUCCGCGAUACCGCUCCUCGUCCUUCGCCGACCAACGAUGAGUUCGACCGGUCCCGCGCGGUCCGCAACCGGCGUUGUCGUCUGCUCCGCGAGCUGCGGACGCGUCUGACCGCCGCACCCGCCAGUGAUGGGCUCUCGGAUAACGGCGCCACGCGCGAAGAUCGCGGUUGCGGCGACGACGAUGGGCAGUGGCGGGACCGCGAUCCUUUGAAAAGUUCCCGAAACAACAAAAAAAGAGAGAAGUGUGUUCCGUCUCUGUUUCGAGCCGCGGGGCGAGAUGGCGGCCAACACCGCGGCCGUCAGCCUGGAGUCGCUGUUCCUCCAGCUGUUGGGCCGUCUGGACUCGGCGGGCCGCUGCCAGACUUCCUCGACGUCGACGUGCCGGCGUCGCUCGCUUCGCGCCGAGAUUCGCAGCCUGGAGCUGUGGCGCGCCGUGAUCGGCGAGUGCCUGGCCACCUUCUUCUACGUGUUCCUCGUGUGCGGCGCGCACGUGUCCUGGCCGGGCUACGCCGAGCCCUCGGUGCUAGGCAUCGCCCUGACGGCCGGCGCGGCGGCCGCGACGCUGGUGCAGUGCUACGGCCACAUAUCGGGCGCGCACAUGAACCCCGCGGUGACGCUGGCCACGUUCGCCACGCGAAAAGUGAGCCCGCUCCGGACGCUCCUGUACGUGACGGCCCAGUGCGGAGGAGCUAUCGCGGGAGCUGCGCUUCUGUACGGCGUGUCGGUGCCAGGCCACCAGAGCUCUCUGGGCAGCACUCGCCCCCACGAGGCCCUAGGCGCCUGGCAAGCGUUCGGCGUCGAGUUCGUGCUCAGCUUCCUGCUGGCCUCCACAGUCUUCGCAACCCGCGACCCGCACCGAAGCCACUUGGGCGCCGGCUCGGACGCCAUUGUCAUCGGGUUCGCCUACUUGGCCUGCACUCUCGCUGGGCUGCCCGCGACGGGAGCAUCAAUGAACCCAGCGAGGUCCUUGGGACCGGCUUUUGUGAUGAACAAGUGGGUAGACCACUGGGUGUACUGGUUCGGGCCCAUAUCCGGAGGCCUGCUGGCCGGUCUCAUCUACGAGUACAUCUUCGACACCAAGAAGCAGGCGCGGGCGCUGCGGAAAACACUCGAGGAAGCUGACAAAGAGUCCAACACGGACGACGACUACGAGGACCCUGACGCGAAGAUCGCGAAGUACGCGACCGUGGCCCAGAGUCCUCCCAACGGGGCGCCCUCCAGCGCCCACCAGGCUGCGCCGUUGCAGCAGUUGGUGCAGCACCAGCAACAGGGCCGGCCGCACCAGCACCAGCAGUACGAGGCGGUGGGCUUCGGCCGGCCCGCCGGCGGGAACACCUACUCGCCCACUCCGUCCUCGGCCUUCCCGGCGUCCGCCGAGGCGGUGUACGCGGGCUCGCUGCGCCCUACGAACUACGCGUCGUCCGUGUACGGCACCGGCAGAAUUGGAAAUGCCCUUCGAACACUUCCAGCCCGACUGGAGUAUGGACAAGGACCUGGAUCUCCAAAAUUUUAAGCUGUACAUAUGAU